GUUGCCUGCGAGGCAUCAUAUCUGCCAUACGAUGAUGUCCUGUCGUACCCCAACUAUGCAUCUGGAUGGCCGGUCUCGAAAGUGGUAGUCGGCAACUCGUACGGUCUAUCAUCCGUGGUGGAUAAAUACUCCUAUCCAUCCUGGUAUGGCGGAUACCCACUGGCGAAGAACCUAGUCUCGUAUCAGUCGGUAGCUCCAGUCCUGUCAACCAAAGUCGUUGAUAACGGCUACGGUCUGGGAUAUAACAACUACGUUGCACCGGUCCUUGCCACAAACGUCGUCGGAAGCAGCUAUGGCCUGGGAUACAACAAGCUCGUUGCUCCGGUUGUGUCCACCAAAGUCGUCGAUGGAGGACUGUGGAACUAUGGUGGCUACGGUGUGGGAUACAACAAGUAUCUUCCGUCGGUUCCAGUUGCCAAAUAUGUUUUGUAA